AUGAAGUUAGCAAAUAUUGUCAAAGUUCUUCAAGGAAUGAGCUCUGAACAAGCGACACAGAUUCGACGCGAAUACGUUUACAAAAAUAACCGUUUGUACCGCAAAGUUGACGAUCAGUUGAGAUUCGUUGUACCGACGGCAAUGCGAUGGAGAGUAGUGCCUGUUCGAACACCUCGAGCCAACGGCUCAAUUGAAAGAAUUAAUCAAACGGUUUGCAAAUGUCUUCGAGCCAGCUGUGUAAGCGAUUCAGAUUGGGACGCAGCUAUCCGCGACAUCCAGUGGACUUUGAACAGCAAUACAAAUGCAACGACCAAAUAUAGUCCGAACGAUCUCAUAUUCGAUUUUCGAUUGCGGGACGUUGUUCACAACCGUCUCGUACAAGCCAUCCACGAUAAAACGAACGAUUCACAAGAAAGUAUCGAUAUCCGACGGGAAAGGGCAACUAAAGCGAUUGAAGCCGAGCAGGCAAAAUGGAAGCAGCGAUUCGAUAGGCAGCGCAAGAAGCCUUCUCAAUAUCAGGAGGGUGAUCUGGUCGUGAAUACCAACGUUGCUCCUUCGACGGGGUUUUCUCGAAAGCUGGAGCCGCGAUAUCGAGGGCCGUAUGUAAUUUCGAAAGUCUUAAGGUUCGACCGAUACGUCGUUGAAGAUAUCGAAGGUCUCCAACGUCGACAAAGGCGCUUUAAUUCGGUGUUCCACGCCGAACAUCUUAAACCGUGGUGCACAGCUGCACCUUUCCUCGACAACGAUACCGAUGGGAGCGACAACGAAGAAGACCCGGGGAACGUGCCCGGCCAGGAGUGGCCGAACUGUCACAAACGAGCAAUCGUGACAACGAUGGGUAGCAAAAGAGUCGAGUUCGAGACGCCGACCGAUAUGGACCACAAUAUGUUCCGUGUCUAA